AUGCGUGAUAGCUUGGUCAAGGAGUUAGGGGAUGGAUUCAAGCCCAAGAAUUUGACGAUAAUGACUUUCUAUGGUUGUAAAUUGUUAAAAAAGAUUCUUGAUCUUUCAAGCAUCUCAAAUUUGAAAGAAUUGAUUGUCCAAUAUUGUAAAAGAUUAGUUGAGGUGCAUGAUUCGGUUGGAUCUUUGAAAAAUCUUUCCAGGUUGGAUUUUGAUGGAUGCUCUAAACUCCAAAUUCUUCCAAGAAGCCUUAAGUUGAGAUCUUUAUGUGAGCUUAAUCUUGGGACUUGCUCAAGCCUCCGUGAUUUUCCUAAAAUCGAGUGUAAAAUGAAAUGUUUAAGGAAAUUGAGUUUAUAUAGCACUGCAGUAGAAAAACUCCCUUUAUCCAUCAGGAACCUUGUUGGACUUGAGACAUUAGAUCUAUUGGAUUGCAAAAACCUUAUGCGUCUCCGAAUUGCUUCCAUCCCGUUAAAAUAUUUAUGCUGCUUUUGUAUGGGUGGACAUGAUUCCGUUAAUCUGCCUAAUGAUUCUACAACAAUGGAAGAUGAGAUAUCAAAUUCAAGAAAUGGGAGCACUGUAUUACAUGUACUGAAUCUUCAAAUUAGUUGUUCCCAUUCAGAAUCAAAUUUCUUUCCACUAUGUAGUUUAUUUGCCAUGUUUAACUCCUCAAACACUUUGGAUUCGUUAUCUCUAUCGGGACUUGAAAUUGUUAGCCUUCCCAAGAGCAUCAAAGAGUCCGUUACACUAACUAAUCUUACCUUGGCCCGUUGUUGUAAACUUGAAGAAAUACCAGAGCUUCCACCAAAUAUAAGACAAGGACUCUAUGGUUAUGAUGCUACUUUGUUUUCGAAAAAUCAGUUGAGUUAUUUUCAUGAAUUUUUAAAAGUUAAAGAAAUGGUAAAAUGGCCUGAUGACGAAGAAGAUAAUCGCUUAUACUGUGAGUUUGCGAGCAUGACUUCUUCCAUGGCUUUUCAAUUAGGAGCUUCUUCCUCCUCUUCAUCUCCUUCCAUUCUUCAAUGGAAUCAUGAUGUAUUCUUGAGCUUUAGAGGUAAAGAUGUUCGCCACAACUUUAUUUCUCAUCUAAAUCAUGCUUUGUGUCAAAGUGGAAUCAAGACUUACAUGGAUGGCAUCGACCUUGAAAGAGGAGAACAAAUUUCAUCAGAACUUUUCAAAGCUAUUGAAUAG